AUGAGCCCACCAAGACAAGAUGACGACUUGAACAAGAACAAAGAUGAAGAAAGUUUGCUAAAAGGCGAGGAUUCUACAAGAGCAAAGAAUGCUGGAACAGCUGGAACUGCUGCCAGUGAGAAAAGUGCCUUGUUGUCUCCCGAGUACAUGUACAGUCCUUCGCCCAAUUCUACCGACAGACCCAGUUUGACCAAUUUGACGGAAUACGGAGCUCUAAUGGCGGAUAGAGAAGAGGGAGAAGCUCCUCUCAUUCAAAUGCAAGUCAACGCAAACAACCAUAACUUGCCAGCAGCAAACAACAGCACAAGCAAUAAUAAUAAUAUUGCAAACAGCUUGGAGAUGACGAAUGGCCGCAAAUUUCAAAGAAAAAAUGCAAGAACGAACUGUGAUGCCAAAAAAGAAAGCCACGAUCCCCAUUCCGACAGCAGCAGCAGCGGCUCUUCUUCCGCCACUGACAAUAAUUUCGCCCGUCCGUUUUCCCUAAAUCACCCCGUCCAUGACUUGAAUCUGCGUACAGUGCAACGUCCCGAAUGGUCGGCUCCCAACCGAGAACUCUUUGCGGAUAUUCAAGGUCCUCUACCGACCAACUCGUGGUACCAAAAUCUGCUCCUCGCGACGAGACACGAACCCACAGAGGAGCAACGAGCUUAUCCCAUGCCAUACGUCGUCGACACGGUGGGACCCAUUCCAGGAUUACGAGUCCAUCAUACCAGCAUGGUGGCAUCCGAUUUGGUGUUGCAGCUUACAAAUAUUCCCAGCCAUGGGCUCACAUUGGGAGCGGCAUCGCAGUCCAUGUUGCUCUCCUCCAGCGCCACUGCUUCCAAAAAGUACAAAGUCACGCACAUGACGCCUCUCGGGGUCACAUUGCAAUGGCCCAACAAUCAGACCACGUCGUCGUUGACACACUCCACAUCCAUUGUCAAAGGAAUGCCGUAUGCAACCAUGGCAUAUUCCAUCCAAAAUGACAGGAAACUUUACCCCACGGAAGCCAGAUUGCGAGAACAAGCAGCUUCAGACCACGAUCAAGACAUGCCCACCAUCGUUUCGGAGGUACCCAUCUCGUCACCACCAUUGUUAGAUGGACAAACCAAUCUAGACUGCAAGAACGUGCAAUUGGUUCAAAAAGAAAUGCAACUGCAGUUUCAAGGUUCCGAUUAUACUUGGCUCGUUUUUGUUUCCCGCCCCGUAAUGGUCCGUUGCAUGGAAACAUCCAGUCUUCCUGGAACUUCCUUUGCCGUGCAGUUCCUAUUGGACAAUGAUGAUGAUGAUGAUGAUGAUGACAGUCGCUUUGAGUUUGAAACGGACAAUGACGAAUUCAACAGCAUCCAAUUUGAUUGGAACGUGCAGAAAAUGAGGCGCGAUGACCACGAGACUGAAAAGAAUGCAACCAGCUUGCUCAUGUUUGCUCUGCUUCAUCAUCAGGAUAUGUUCGCGGCAAGCCAGAAAGCUGGCAACAAGAACCCCCAGCUGCCGUCAUACCCCCACGGAAAAGGGGGACCAAAGUCUUGUGCUACUACGCUUUUGGGACCUGCUUGUUUGGUGGAGGGAUCCACAUGGAUGCUACAGGAGAAGCGUCAACGGGCGAGCUUUCGGGCGCCGCGUCCUCCACGCAACGAAGACUUGGCAGUCUUGGUCGACGCCUUUCGAAGUGAUCUAAACUAUAGUCUACCGCUAUAUUUCCAACGCGGUGCAGGAGACACGUACUUUUCCGGGAAGAUGCUGGCCAAGCUGGGUCGUAUUCUGACCAUUGGUGAAGAACUUCAUGAGAUUUGUGCAUCCCACGAUAGCCCCAAAGAGUGCAAGGGUUUGGACGUGCCAUCGCCAGAGCAGCCCGAAUUUCAGCAAGCGUUGGCCAGACUUCGAAGCUCUGUAGAGGUUUGGAUCAACGGAACAGCAGAUACACCCUUCGUUUACGAUGGCUUGGCUACGGGUGGUUGGGGAGGCGUUGCCAGUUGUGGUUGUGACUUUGACGAGUCGCAACAGCAGUGUCGCAACCAGUAUCCCGAUUGCCCUGGAUUCUUCAACCCCGGCCUGAACUUUGGAAUGGCAUUCUACAAUGAUCAUCACUUUCACUUGGGGUAUCAUAUUUAUUCAGCUGCUGUUGUUGCUCACUUUGAUCCUCAGUGGGGGCGGGAUCACUUUGAACAGUCUUGUUGCUGUGGCAUUGCCGUGUCUCCCUUGAAUGGAAGGAACCAAGAAUCUUCGUCGGAGGCUAUUGCGUCGUACGAAGGUGUCGCUCUCUAUGAGCAGGAAAUGGCCAAAGCGUGGGAAGGUUACGACCAAGACAAGGUUGCAACAGCCAAACAAAUUGGCCGGUAUGGUGAGGUCUUGUCCGCUAGUGAGGUCCGAUCGGCGGAUCGAUAUUAUCACAUCAUUGAAUCCAGCAGGGAGCAACAGUUCCCCAUUCAAUACACACCCCUUGUUAUCGGCAUAAUGUGGAAUACCAUGGCGCAGUUUCAGACUUGGUUUGGAGGUGCCGCCUACUUGGCGUAUGGCAUUCAGCUGCUGCCACUGACGGUUGCUGCAGAAGGACGUGAUUCUCUCGAAUGGUCCCAGGAACUGUACCAACCAUUUGCAGACAGUUGCACUGCCCAUCUCGCUCCAUGCCGCGAUGGCGGCUGGUCGGUGCUAGUCUUGGCAAUUUUGGCAACUGUGGGGCAACAGGACGAAGCAAUUCAGAAGACCUUGGAGCUUCCGUCCAGUGUAUUUACGUCGGCAGGCGGCAACGGCCAUUCUUUGACAAAUACACUUUGGUACUUGUCGACUCGUCCAAAGGUGGAUGAUCCACUGGUCGUUGUCGACCAAAACAACGACGACGGAAUCAAACAAACUGCCGACCUCGAGAAGAACAUGCACCCCCAAGGCGACGAAAAUGACGUGAAUGAGCAUCAGGGACCAGUUGUUGUCGAUCUAAACUUCAACUGCAGCUGCCCCGAAUCUUGUACCGAGAGGGCCUUGAACCAUUUUGCCAAUGGGCACAGCUGCGGCUCUCGGAUACUUUGGCUCAUGAACGAGAAAGAUCAUAAUGAAUAUGAUGCAUGUCACCAGGUUGGUGUGGAAUUCUCUGGGGAUUGUGGCGCCUGUGAUCCAACCCAGUGCAGCUCCAAGGAGACAGCUGCGUCGAAAUCAUGCCCUCCGUGCUCUACUGAGAUCUGCGGAGACAGCAAGCUCAACCAGUGCCCCUUGCAGAGUGCACCUUUUUUGUGCACGGAAGGCGCGAGCAAAGGCGGUUGUUCGCCUUCACCGUGGGUCCUGCACGACGAUGGCAUCUGCGAGAGCUGCUGCGAGCUGUCUCCCGCGUGCUAG